AUGACACAUAGAACUUUCCUAACCGCCGUCAAGCCGAAGCCCACUUCCGUCAGCACGGGACAAUAUCCCCUUUCACAGCUUCGCGUAGCAGUCAAGGACUGCUACUUCCUAGAAGGACUGAAGAACUCCUUGUGUACUAAAUCUUACUACGACUUCAGCGACCCUGCUCCAUUCACAGCAGAGGCAGUGCAGUCAUUGGUAAAACAGGGGGCCGUUGUCCUGGGCCUAACAAAACUCAGCUCGAUGAUCGGCCGCGAGGAGCCCCUGGAGGCCGUUGACUUCCACAUUUCAUUCAAUCCACGUGGAGAUGGAUACCAGUCCCCGGCCGGCAGCAGCAAUGGAAGUGCCGCAUGCGUCGCAGGGUAUGACUGGAUUGAUUGCGCUAUCGGCACAGAUACCAGUGGCAGUGGAAGGCGUCCGGCGAUGGCAAAUGGAGUUUGGCAAUUCCAACCUUCUAAUAAAUUGAUAUCUCUUAGCGGUAUCGUUUGGACCUACGCUCGCUUCGACACACCCGUCGCAUUUGCCAGGAGUUUCUCCAUACCCAAGGCUGUUGCUCAGACUUGGAUCCCAAAACACAUCGACCCGAUUCCAAUAUCGAAGGAAUACAAUAUAAUCUAUUUCCUCGACUAUCUACCCGUGGAAAACACAAAGCAGAUGCGACUUAUAGACAGCUUUAUCGAAGACAUGAGAGCUGCACUGCAAGCGAAGAUAACAAAAUUCUCGAUACGAGAAGCUUGGAAGCAAUCUCACCCCCCUGGAACCCCAGAAGAUCUCGAUGACUACUUGAUCGACACCGUGGCAAGAGCUUACUAUUAUGCGUUCUACCACUCGUUUGCCGCAUUUCGCGAAAAGUACGCCGAGAAACAUAGUGGAAAGCCACCAUAUGUACUUCCUUCCCUACAAUACCGAUGGGAAACGGGUGCAGCUGUGUCCGAAGAACAGCACAAAGAUGCCGUACAGCGGAUGGACAUCUACAAGGAAUGGUUGCUUACCACAAUGCUUGCCGAAUCUACCAGUGAGGCUGAACCGCUGGUUGUUCUUCCAAUUGGAAAUGUCGCUCCGAAUUAUAGGGACGAGUCGUCGCCAUCGCCCCGUUGGCAGUCCGCGCUAGAUCAGCUUUUUCUUCCACCCAUCUUAGGCGCCCUCGAUAUCGCCAUUCCUAUUGGCGAGGUACCAUAUGAGUCAAAGAUCACCGAGGGAACUGAAUAUUUACCAGUUGUAAUUGACAUCAUGGGCGCUGCAACAAAAGACCUGGAGCUCCUACAAGCCAUCGAAAAGAUUAUGGACGUAUCAGGGCGUCCCACUACUGUUACGACAGGAUCGAGAGUCAAGCAUGAAUAA